AUGACCAUAUUUUAUAUAAUUUCAACUUCGAAAAGGGAGGAUUUAUUCUUUUCGUUCUUUGCAUCAAGAAAUGUUCAUGGUUGUGGAUGGUGGGAAAAUUCAUCUUUAGGAGUUGAAAACGGAACCAGAGGGGCCAAAGCCUACUACGGCGCCCAGACUCUACAAAGGCUGCAGGAAAUUCGAGGGGAAGGAUGCUGUGAUGCCCGAGCGGAUCAGGCGCAUGUUCUCAUGAGGCUUCCUCUUCAGCAAGGACGAGGUUUUCCUGAUCUCGUCCCUUAUCCUGAUGAUAAUCUGUUACCUAUAGAAAACCGCAAUAAUUUAAUCGCUUGGUACCCUGCCGCCUUCUCUGGUUCUGGACUAGAACGCCCCGACCGGGUCCACAGAGGGCUUUAUAGCUUUACACCCUCUGGUAAGCAACCCUUGAUGGAGUCCACGGAUGCCCGGUUUGGAGCCCCCAAUUCCCCCCUUUGUAGGAAGCUGAAGGUGUCAGAAGACAAGCUUGGGGAUGCAAGAAUCCAUCCUAGGAGGAAGCCUACCUGCCCCAAGACCCUUCCCCAGAGCUUCUGCGAAGAGACAGAUAAGGAGCCGCUGAUGCCCCAAUUGAGUGAACAGCAUGUCAUGAUCUUCCAGGUAUCACUGACAUUCCAGGAUGUGGCUGUGGACUUCUCCCAGGAGGAAUGGGGGCUGCUGGAGCCAGCUCAGAAGGACAUGUACAGGGACGUGAUGCUGGAAAACUAUGAGAACUUCCUCUCCCUUGCCUUCAGCCGAAAGGGCAACCUUAAAAUACAUAAGAUUAUCCAUACCAGAGAGAAACCAUUUGAAUGUAUUGAAUAUGGAAAAGCCUUCAGGAAUAAUCAAUACCUAAUUCAACAUCAAACAAAUCAUACUGGAGAGAAAUAUUUCGAAUGUAAUGAAUGUGGGAAAGGCUUCAGGAAAAGCUCAUCCCUCAUACAACAUCAAAGAAUUCAUACUGGAGAGAAACCAUUUGAAUGCAAUGAGUGUGGGAAAGCAUUCAGUCAGAAGGGAAGCCUUAAUGCACACCAGAGAAUUCACACUGGAGAAAAACCCUACAAAUGUAAAGAAUGUGGGCAGGCCUUUAACUGGAUGGGAAACCUUAAUACCCAUAAGAAAAUUCAUACUGGGGAGAAACCCUACAUAUGCAAUGAAUGUGGGAAAGUCUUCAGCAGGAAGGGGAGCCUUAUUGCUCACACCAGAAUUCAUACUGGAGAAAAACCUUUUCAGUGUAAUGAAUGCGGAAUCUCUUUUAAAUGGCGUAGAUACCUUAAGGAGCAUAAGAAAAUUCAUACUGGUGAGAAACACCUUGAAUGUAAUCAAUGUGGGAAAGGUUUGAGGAAGACUUCAUCCCUUAUGCAACAUCAAAGAAUUCAUAAUGGAGAAAAACCCUAUAAAUGUAACGAAUGUGGAAACUCUUUCAACCGGAAGGAACACCUUAAAACACAUAAAAUAAUUCAUACUGGAGAGAAACCUUUUGAAUGUAAUGAGUGUGGGAAAGCCUUCAACCAGAAGGGAAGCCUUAAUAUACAUCAAAGAAUUCAUACUGGAGAGAAACCAUAUAAGUGUAAAGAGUGUGGGAAAGCCUUUAGAUGGAAGGGAAACCUUAAUACACAUGAGAAAACUCAUACUGGAGUGAAACCCUAUAAAUGUAACGAAUGUGGGAAAUCCUUCAGCCGGAAGGGAAACCUUAAUGCACAUAACAGAAUUCAUACUGGAGAGAAACCUUUUCAGUGUAAUGAAUGUGGGAUAGCUUUCAAAUGACCUAUAUACCUUAUUGAAUAUAAGACAAUUCAUACUGGAGAGAAACCCUUUGAAUAUAAUGUGUGUGGGAAAACCUUCAGAGGAAUACCUUGCAGAUUAUCAGAUAACUAUUUCUGGUGAGAAUGUCCAUAAAUGUAACAAAAUAUAAUUCAUCCAUCAUUAGAGACUUUGUGUGAGAA